AUGGCACGGGGCAUCAACCUUUCUCUCCUAUUUUCCGUCCUUGUGGGUAUGUCCGUGCUGACAUCCUUGGAUGGUCGACCCCCAAGCUCAACUAUAGUCAAAUCUGAAUUGAACAGUACUGCUUGGAAAGGCGUAGUUGCAGAGGUUGCGGGCUAUGCAGAUGUGGCCAAACAGAUCAUAGACCUAGCAGUGUUCGGAGCUGCACAGAACCGUUCUUACAGACGCCUUGCUGACUUCACUGACACCAUUGGGAACCGUGUCAGUGGCUCUCUGAAUCUGGAGUUGGCAAUAAAAUAUAUGUACAAAGCCAUGACACAGGAUGGUUUGGACGUCCAUUUGGAACCGGUAAAAAUCCCACACUGGGUAAGAGGAAAGGAGAAUGCAGUGAUGACAUUGCCAAGGACCAAGAAUCUGGCUAUACUGGGACUAGGGAGCAGUGUAGGGACACCACCUGAAGGCAUUGAGGCAGAGGUGUUGGUUGUUGGUUCUUUUGAGGAACUGAAGCGCAGAUCCAGCGAGGUCACCGGGAGGAUUGUGGUCUACAACCAACCAUUUGUCAGCUAUGGCGAGACAGUUGCUUACCGUGCAUUCGGCGCCUCGGAAGCGGCAAAAUUUGGAGCAGUGGCCACGCUUAUUCGAUCCAUCACGCCUUUCUCAAUUAAUAGCCCUCACACAGGUUGGCAAGACUACCAAGAAGGUGUCAAGCGCAUUCCAACUGCGUGCAUCACCAUAGAGGAUGCUGAGCUAAUGUCGCGCAUAGCGCAAAGGGGACAGCGGAUCACUGUUAGACUCACAAUGGCUGCCAAGACACUUCCAGAUGCCGACUCCUUUAACACAGUAGCUGAGAUAAAAGGCUGGCAGCACCCGGAGCAGGUUGUCCUAUUAAGUGGUCAUUUGGACAGCUGGGAUGUGGGCCAGGGUGCCAUGGAUGAUGGGGGUGGAGCUAUGGUUUCCUGGGAAGCCCUGUCACUCAUAAAGCAGCUAGGUUUACGUCCAAGGAGGACCAUGCGCACAGUGCUGUGGACAGGUGAAGAGCAGGGUGGAGUUGGAGCACAGCAGUACUACAACCUUCAUAAGAUGAAUCUGUCCAACUUUGACAUGGUUAUGGAGUCCGACAUGGGGACAUUCAGCCCAGUGGCUCUGCAGUUUACUGGCAGUAUUGCAGCACAAAAGGUAAUGGAAGAGGUGGUCAAACUGUUAGCUCCUCUCAAUACGACAAAACUGGAGACACAUGGUGAGGGUACGGACAUUUCACCUUGGAUGCAGGCUGGGGUACCAGGUGCCAGCCUCCAUGUGACCGAUAGUCGAUAUUUUUGGUUCCACCAUACUGAAGCUGAUACCAUGACGGUUCAGAACCCUCGAGACAUGAACCUCUGUUCAGCGUUGUGGGCAGUGGUGGCCUACGUUGUAGCGGACCUCGAGGACAUGCUGCCGAGGUAG